GCUAUGCGAACAGGUGUUGUUAUGCUAACAUUAGGGGCAUUUCCGGUGUUCGUUUUACACAAUGCGCAUGCGCACAUCGGUUAAAGGCGAGUACUCACUUCAUUCAUAUUGUUGAGUUUUAUCUUUUACUGCCUCAAAAUACUUUUUCCAUGUAUUUCCCUCUCAUACAUUUAACUAUUGUGUUUUCUUGUGGUAGUUUUAAAGCAAUGUCGUUCUAUUGACCACAUUAGUUACGUAGCAUAUUUAAAACUUUAUUUGAUAUAACGACGUUUAAGUAUUUAAAGGCAUUUUUAGUACAGUACGUUCUGCCUGUAUGCAUCGAAACGAAACAAGUUGAAAGCGCACGGUAGUUCUUAAAUUCGCCUCUUGUAGGACGUUUUGCCGAUGUAAGACAUUUUGGCAGAACACCGAUUUAAGUACGGCGUGUAGCUUGUCCUAAAGUCAACCAUUCAGUAUUAUUAAUAUAAAUAAAGGCAUGUAAGUGUAGUUGGGUGUUGUCGGCAUAACAAUAAAAGCUCAUUAUUAUUAUUUUUAUUAUCAGGCAGCAGGUACAGUGCCUUGAACGAAUUUCGUUUCUUCAUGUAAUUCCAUUUAACUUUUGGGGUUGUGACGAAAUAGUUUCAAAAUGAUUUAAGCACUGUAAAAAUCGGUAUUAAUCCGGGAUAUUGUUUUAUGAACUGUUUCGUUUACUGUUCUGUUAAUAUUGCUGUGCCGACGUUGUCUGGACUUAAUUGUUUUUUCCUGUCGAAACAUGUAUUUUGAGUAUUCCCGCCACAUUCAGAGGGAAGCCGGAAGUUGUUAUACGUUCCUAUAGACGCAUAACGAUUGGUUGACUUUACAGCAAGUCUCAUCUGAUUGGCUGAGCUGCCGGUGCAAUGUUCUUCAACUGGUUUGACGAUCGUUGGCGCUCUCAUUGUCAGAUUCAACUGCUUCAACAGAUGUUGUAUUGUAAAAGUUGAUGUUUAAACGUCAACUUCGAGCCAUUUUCAAAGUUACCGCAAAGGAGAAAAACAACCGGAGCUGAACAAUCAAGCUGUCAACAUGCACGUCAUCAAAAGAGAUGGUCGCCGAGAGGCAGUUAGUUUUGAUAAAAUCACAUCUCGCAUCCAGAAGCUUUGCUAUGGCCUCAAUUUUGACUUUUUGGACCCUGCCGGGAUAACAAUGAAGGUGAUCCAGGGUUUGUACAACGGAGUGACCACGGUGGAGCUGGACACUCUGGCUGCCGAGACCGCCGCCACGUUAACCACCAAACAUCCUGAUUACGCCAUCCUGGCUGCACGGAUUGCCGUUUCCAACCUGCAUAAGGAGACCAAGAAAGUUUUUAGUGACGUGAUGGAGGACCUCUACGCCUACAUCAACCCCAUCAACAAGCGUCACCUCCCAAUGAUCUCCAAAGAGACACUUGACAUUGUUCGGGAAAACAAAGCUCGCCUCAACUCUGCCAUCAUUUACGACCGAGACUUUUCCUACAACUACUUUGGUUUUAAGACUCUUGAGCGAUCAUAUUUGUUGAAAAUAAAUGGCAAAGUGGCGGAGAGACCCCAGCACAUGCUAAUGAGAGUGGCGGUGGGCAUUCACCGAGAAGACGUCGACGCGGCCAUCGAAACGUACAAUCUUCUGUCAGAGAAAUGGUUCACGCACGCCUCCCCCACUCUUUUCAACGCUGGGACCAACAAGCCACAAUUGUCCAGCUGCUUCCUUCUAGCAAUGCAGGAUGACAGCAUUGAUGGGAUUUAUGACACAUUGAAACAAUGCGCCCUCAUUUCGAAAUCAGCAGGAGGCAUAGGCCUAGCGGUUAGCUGCAUUAGAGCUACUGGCAGCUACAUUGCCGGGACAAACGGCACUUCGAAUGGGCUGGUUCCUAUGCUUCGUGUUUACAACAACACGGCACGCUAUGUUGACCAAGGAGGCAACAAGAGACCCGGUGCGUUUGCAGUCUACUUAGAGCCCUGGCAUUGUGAUGUUUUUGACUUUUUGGAGUUGAAGAAGAACACAGGUAAAGAGGAGCAAAGAGCUCGAGACCUUUUCUUCGCCAUGUGGAUCCCUGACCUCUUCAUGAAACGAGUGGAAAGCAAUCAGGAAUGGUCACUAAUGUGCCCCAAUGAGUGCCCCGGAUUGGAUGAGUGCUGGGGAGAAAAGUUUGAGGAGCUCUACACCAGAUACGAGAGAGAGGGCCGGGCUAAACGCGUGGUGAAAGCUCAGCAGGUUUGGUACGCCAUCAUCGAGUCGCAGACAGAAACCGGCACUCCGUACAUGUUGUACAAGGACUCCUGCAACAGAAAGAGCAACCAGCAGAACCUCGGGACUAUAAAAUCCAGCAACCUGUGCACGGAGAUUGUAGAAUACACCAGCAAAGAUGAGGUGGCUGUGUGUAACCUAGCUUCCAUCGCCCUCAACAUGUACGUCACCUCGGACAAGACCUACAACUUCACAAAGCUUGCGUCUGUCACCAAAGUGAUUGUGAAGAACCUUAACAAGAUCAUAGACAUCAACUACUACCCUGUGCCUGAGGCCAAGCGAUCGAACAAGCGUCACCGGCCAAUAGGAAUUGGCGUUCAAGGACUAGCCGACGCCUUCAUCCUCAUGCGGUAUCCUUUCGAAAGCCAGGAAGCUCAACUGCUCAACAUCCAAAUAUUUGAGACCAUCUACUACGCCGCCCUGGAGGCCAGCUGCGAGCUCGCGGCUGAAUGCGGGCCUUAUGAAACCUACGCUGGUUCUCCUGUUAGCAAGGGGAUCCUUCAGUAUGACAUGUGGGAGCGAACCCCGACUGAUUUGUGGGACUGGAAAUCCUUGAAGGAGAAAAUAUCCAGGAAUGGCGUGAGGAACAGUCUUCUCUUGGCUCCCAUGCCCACAGCUUCAACUGCACAGAUCCUCGGGAACAAUGAGUCCAUCGAAGCCUACACAAGCAACAUCUACACACGGAGGGUGCUCUCAGGAGAAUUUCAGGUUGUCAAUCCUCAUCUACUAAAGGACCUGACGGAGAGAGGAUUGUGGAGUGAUCACAUGAAGAACCAACUGAUUGCUCAGAACGGUUCCAUCCAGGAAAUCGAGGAAAUUCCGAUGGAUCUGAAGCGGUUGUACAAAACGGUGUGGGAAAUCUCUCAGAAAACUGUCCUGAAGAUGGCGGCCGACCGCGGCGCUUACAUUGACCAGAGCCAGUCGUUGAACGUCCACAUUGCCGAGCCCAACUACGGCAAACUGAGCAGCAUGCACUUUUACGGCUGGAAGCUGGGUCUUAAAACAGGCAUGUACUACCUGAGGACGAAGCCCGCAGCCAACCCGAUCCAGUUCACCCUCGACAAAGAGAAGCUAAAAGAGGCUCAGACGGCCAAAGAGCACAACUUGGCCGCCAUGGCAUGUUCGCUCGCCAACAAAGACGAGUGUCUUAUGUGUGGCUCCUAAUUGAAACACUUCACGAGCGCACUUUCUUUGAUAUAUGUUCGCCACUACGCUUCACUCGGGUUGGCUGUCAAUAGAUGUCCAAUCCUGGAUGCUGAAAGCGAAUGAAUGGUUGCUUCUAGUCUGAAACAGAUUGGACGUCCAUUGCUGUCAAAAGGUCUUUUCAAUAUCAAUGUCAGUCUUUUACUAACGACCACAACACAUACCUCUCACUUGGGUUGGCAGUGAAUUAGUUAAGCUAAUGAUACAUUUCGAAUAUAUGUCAACAAGCCUUGAGAGAUCGUAUUUGCAUGGAUUUCCAAUCAUGUUCACCAGGCGUGCCCAUUACGUCAAUUGCAAUUGACUAGUCGACCAAUCUCGUUUAUUUUUACUACACAUACAUGCAAAUAAUUACAUUAUUAACACGUAUAGCCAGUAGCGGGCACCCCUACUGUACAUAUCCAAGCAAGUAUUUUUCAAGGAUUGUUGACAUAUAUUUCGAAUUUACCUUCAGGUUGUGAUAUAAUGACACUUUCAUGAACUUAAACUCUACCACUGAAGGAAUUGAUGCAGAAUUGGUGCUUUACACUCCUA